AAGGCAAACCUCCGUGAAGACUUGCGGGCGGCAGCAGGAAGUGACAAUACGUGAGCGGUGGCCGCAUGCGUGUGAGGAUCCUCCCGCACUCCCGGACGCAGCGGGCGGCAGUGGCGCUGCGGCGAAGUGGCGACGCGAACGUCUGCGUUAAGAGAUCGGCUCUGCCCUCACCAUGCGAGCCGCUGCCGUGAUACCGUUGGCAGCUUUGCUAGCGCUGACUUCUGCGCGCUCUGACCACGAUUUUGAGUUCGACGAUACCCCGGAGGCGGAAACACGACGGCCGCGACGUUACGUCUACGACCCGCACAGCGAAGUGUGUAGAUCGUUGGUGUGCAAGAAGCGCGAGGUUUGUCUGCUGCGAGACUCGUAUACUGCUUUCUGCGCCAAUAAGAAAGAUAUCCUGCGUCGCGGCGACGUCAUAGUGUCUGCGGUGGGCACGGGCGGAGGGCCCGACGACGAGGACGUGUUCUACGAGUCGCGCGCCCUGCCCGACCAGCCCGAAGUGCUGGACUUUCCGGUGCCUUCUGCCAAAAACGAAAGGUGCGUGGGCUGCUCGGGCGUGUCCCGCGGUGGCUUCCUUUGCGGCUCCGACAACCGCACGUACUCCUCGCUCUGUCGGCUCGACCUACACAACUGCGUACAUCGUCCGCGCUCUCCCGUGCGCCUCGCUUGCGCCGGAUUCUGCCCCUGCCCUCGCCACAGCGGCGAUGAGACAGCGCGUAUCCCCGUUCCACGCCCGCAUCGCACGCGUCAACGCUCCGACGAGCAGGAGCGGCGACGGAGACGGCUCGAGAUGCGUACCAACGAGGUAAUGUUGCCGAGGCGCCGACCCUCCGCACCACCGCAGACUUGCGCGCUCGACAAGAUGGCCGACCGCCUUCUCGACUGGUUUUCCGUCCUGAUGGAACAGGCGGGUGCGACGCCGCCGCCACCACAUGGCUUCGGAGCCGAUUGUAAGCCCGAAGUGCGCUGGAUGUUCCGUCAUCUCGAUUCUGCCGGCGACGGCCUCCUGCAACCGGACGAUCUAUAUGCGCUGAGUCACGAUGAGCGCGAGCGAUGUCUACGUCCCUUCCUGGCGCGUUGCGGCCUCGGCGCGGGCGGCAUCGGUCGAGCGGCGUGGUGCGGCUGUCUGAGAGGCGCCUCGAGGCCCUGCGCUGCGUGGGCACGAGCCGCUCGCGGGCGAGGCAGAGGCGCCUACGUGCCAGCCUGCGACGCCAGAGGCUUCUACCGCCCGCGCCAAUGCCACGCCGCGCUAGCCGUCUGCUGGUGCGUGGACGCGCACGGCCAGGAACUACCCGGCUCGAGGACCAAAGGCGCGCCGUCAUGUCCAGGUGAAGUAGAGGAAGGAGACGAGAGCGCCGGAGGAGCACCGGCAGACGACGAGGACGAGGGCGGUAGCGGCGAUCGAGAGCCAGAUUUGCGUUACUGAGCGGACGAUAUAAUUAUUAAUCGGCCGCUUAGGUGUUUCAUUAUUUUUUUAGAUAAUAAGUAAUCUAUUUUUAGGCAAUAAGGUUUGUAAGAGUUGCUCUUGCCCGAUCGACAAUUCAUCAUAGUGUCCUCUUAAAACCCCACUAGGUAUUUACUUACAACCGGAUCUAAAUAAACAAGGCACUCAUUUGGGUUGCAAUGUAAAUAAAUUAGUAUGUAUUGAAAAAUAUCUUAAAUGUAAAGCAGGUGCCUACAGAAUACAACAGAACUAAGUUAUAAAAUUGACCUACCUACCUAAUUUUGUCCAAAUAAAAAGCCUAGCUCUUUUAAUUAUAUAUAAGUAAUAAUGACUAAAAUAUCUGUUCAUUAAAUGUAAAAAAAUGUUAAAAAUCUUAUAUUGAAGUUUGUUACCUUCCUACGUGGACCUCCUUUAUAAUUUUAUUAUGUCAAUAAUAUAUUUUUUAAAGGACUUCAUAUCAUGCAUCUUUCUUUAUAUGUAUUACAUACUAUCUGCAAACAGUCCACUUCAUAUUCUUAUAUGUCUCUACAUCACCAUUAAUUAUAUUCUAAUAAAAAAAUAUAGUGGCCUAAGUACUGUGUGGCUUAAAAACUAAUUCAGAAAAAGAACAAAAUUCAUUUAGAUAAAACUUAAUCAGUUUGUCUGAGGAUAUGUCUACAAGUUAACAAUUAGGUUCUAUCAAGAGGUGUAUCUCGGUAUAGGCGUAGUUUGUUAGUAAGGUAAAUAAAUAAUUUAUGAAUUAAAAAAUUGUUAAAAAGACAAUAUAACAUCCAAUUUUUUCAUCAGUAGUUUCAUCAAAAUUAAUGCAUCAAGUAAAUAAGUGCAACAAGGACAUUCUAUAAAUUUAUUCUUAGGACAUUAAAAUGUAUUGUGUAUAUGUCCAUAUAUUAGUUUGUAGGAAAUCUAACAAAUCUUAAUCUUGUAUACUUAUAGCAAUCUUAAGUUUAGCCACCUGAUUAAGGGUUGUAUAAUAUUAAAUAUACAGAAUUUGAGUUUAUAUAAUUAUGUAAUAUUAAUUGUGCACUUUAGAAAACCACACUAAAAUAAAUCUAGUAAAAAAAUUAUAAGUAUAAGUUAUAAAAGUAACCCCUUUAGGAAAAUGUAGUGAGAGGCAUAAUAAAGAGCUCCAUUUAGUGACACAGAAAAGGUUAUUUGCACUUUUUUAUUCUCACUUAUGUAAUGUUUUAAAAAUAAUUAAACAUGUAAUAAAUCCAAAGACCUUU